GCUGUGGCCCCUUCUGUCGGUGCGGGCCAGGGACACCGUGAUGGAGUCUGCGGACUGUGUAGAGGAAUGAACGGGCUGACUGAUCACUGUUUUCCCGCUGAACUUGGACCGUCAGCGGCUUCUUCUUGUUCACAUAGUGGAGUGACCGGCAGUACUGAGCUAUGAGGAGAGCUGAGCCGGAGCCUCCAGGUGGUCUGGCUGCUAGACUAUGCUGUGUUGGUCCACUGGGUGGCGCUUCCUGAGUCCAGCUCACCUCCUCCCUCCUCGACACGCCGCUCAGUCCGUCGCCAUGUACGCCACCCGCCUCUACAGCACUGCGGGGGGAGGAGGAGGAGGCGGAGGCGGGCUUAAACAAGGCAGGAGGGCAGGGCUGGCGGUGUUGGAGGGUCCUCAACCUCACCUCCCCCACCAUCUUCACCCGCCGCCUCCCCCGACUUACCCUCUCUACCAGGGCCGUCCAGAUGCCCACCGAGGACCUCACUUCCACCAUCACUACCACCCUCACCACCUGGCUCCACCCCCUAUGCCUCCACAUUACCAGCACCAUGUGCCGGUCCACUCCUACGGGGGAGGAGCAACGGCCGGCGGUGGCGGCAAGAAGAAAACGUGGAACUUCAUCCAUGAGAAGAUGAGCUAUGACACGUUUUUCACCAUGAAGCGUCUAAUCGAACGCUCGCGGCAACCCGACGAGGUUCUGCGCUGGGUCACACAGAACCCCGCCAAGAUCUCCCACAACCAUUACCCCGUCGCCCUGCAAAAGAUCGGCCAGCUGCUGCAGGCCACGCCAUCGCCGCGGGUCGCCGGGGAUGGCGCAGAGGGCGAAGCGUCAGAGGCAGACAGGCGGCAGAUCCUGGACCAGCCGGAUUUCCAGACCCUCUGCAACGCCAUCGUCAACGACUGCGCCAAGUUCGACAACUUCAGCAUCGUCAACUGCCUGUACGCUGUUGCCUCGCUCGGACUACCUAGUGACUCCAAGGUGGUGGUGGUACUGGAAGCGGAAUCGCAGUCCAGACUGAACCAGUUCAACCAGAAGGACGUGUCCAUGGUGUUCAGCUCCAGCAUGCGGCUGCACCCGGGCAGCCAGCACCCGCUGACCGAGGCCUGCCUCGCUGGCCUGGAGAAGAACCUGGAACGAGAACGCCACCCGCAAACGCUGUUCCUGCUGCUCUCUUACUACCGACUCAAGUGGCGCUCGCUGCAGACGCCAGAUCCGGCUGCAGGGGGUGCCGCCGCUAUCAGCACGCCUUCGAACCCAGAGCAGCUAGUCACCAACAGGAAGAUCCUGCGACUUGUCAAGCACACUCUGGCCAGCGUCAGCGGCGUCCGCGACCAGGAGAUGGCACUGUUGGAUGAGAUGCUGGCGGCCUGUGCUCGAGAGGCCAGUAACAAGAGUCUGGAGCUGAUCUUCAGCUCUCACCUGUUCUACCAGAACCGACAGGAGAAGUUCAUCAACAGCCUGGCAGAGGAGCUACCCAAGAAGGUGGACAGCAUCACGCCAUACACCAUGGCCCUAAUCGCCAAGUACAUUGCCCGCCAUCGGCUCCGGGAGACCCGGCUUCUCGACACCAUUGCCGACUUUCUGAUCAGGAAGGCCGAGUACCUGGAUAGUAAGGUAAUCCAGAAGCUAGUGUUCCCAUUCAGCAGGAUGAGUUACCGUCCGUCAGCCGAGCAGCAGUUCUUCUCCCGGCUGGAAGAGGCGGUGGAGCUCAAGGCGCUAAGCUCGCCGCUUGCCACCGUCAACAUCCUCAUGUCCCUGUUCCAGCUUGGCCACUUCCCUGGAACCGUGCUGCACCGAGUCUUUUCCUCUGCCUUCAUCAGCAAUGUCACAAAUAGUCCCUAUGCGCUGAUUGUCAGAAGGUACCUGUCUCUACUGGACGCAGCUGUAGAGUUGGAGUACCGUGACUACAUCGGCCCUCGCCUGCAGGACGCACACAAGGUGCUGAUGUUUGACCAUGCCCUCACAGCGGACGAGGUCAACCGGAAGUACAGCUAUAAAGGUCUGGUGGCUGAAGCUCUGCGCCAACUGCUGGGAGAACAUAGCUACAAACAGGACGAGGUGCUGCCCCCUGGAUACUACACAGACUUUGUGCUGUGGUUGGAUGGUUCUGGUCGGGUUCUGCCCAUCCGGUCUGGACCCUGUGUCCAUCCCCCCUGCAUAACCGUAACUACCAAGUCAGCUGCAGGGGCCGUUGCCGCGAUGACCGCAGAGCUACAGUGCUUCUCUCCGUUUGUGGCGCCAGAGGACGGCGGCGACCCCUCCAGUCCGGCGGCCAACGGAGCGGGCGGGGCCACAGAGGACAGGGCCUUCAGGCCACAUCCCCCAGAGGGCCCCCUGGCCGUCACCGACGCCAGGCCCCUGGACUACGGCCCCUACUACGUUCCCGCGGCGCAAUUCUACCCGGGCCUGGCCAAGGAGCCGUCGGUGGAGAGCCAGGACAGCUCCACCCUCAGCAGCCCCCCGUCGGACGGCGCCGCCCCUCCCCCUGCAGCCCCGAGGGGCCCCGACUCCCUCUUCCAGUUCUCCAUCGGGAAGAUUCUGGAGGACGAGGGGGCCGCAGCCGCCUCGGAAGUCCAGGGUGCGCAGAUGGCCGGGUUCUUCUCUGAGGGGGCCGCCGCCACCAGGGCGGACCCGGAUGGCCCGCCCCCAGAGCAACGGCACAUCCGCAGGGUCAUCCUGUCUGUGAACGACAAGUGGCACUACUGCCACAACUCUGAGGUUCUGGUCGGGUCCCGCGCCAUGAGGGACCGCCACCUGCGACUGCUGGGCUACAUCAUCCUGCAGCUUCCGUACCACGAGCUGGAGAAGCUGAACGGCAUCGAGGAGGUGAAGCAGUACCUGCACCAGAAGCUGCUGGAUGUCCCACUAUGACUGAGUCUGUGUGUGUGUGUGUGUAUGAAAGGCGGCGGGGCCAGAGCUCACCUGUCACUCUGACCGGAGGGGGAAGUGCAUCCCUGAUUGGUUAAUAACUCCCAUCAGGCCGUGUGAAUGGUGUUUUUUUGUUGGCGGGGUUCUGUUUUCUAGAGUAAUGUAACCAUGGUAACCGUGAUGCAUGUGGGAGUUUUUAAAGCAUGUGCCAAAGGUUGGAGGGGAGGUGUGGUUCUUAGGGUUAAAGGUCAGAUUAUUUAUUUGUGUAUCAGGAGAAGGACAGAAGUUUGUUUAUAUUCUAUCAGCUGAAAUGUGUAUAAAAGCUGAACAGAACCGA